GGUGAGGGGUCGGCGGAGACUGGGCAGAAGGAGACGUCUACCUGUGACAUCUGCCAGUUUGGGGCGGAGUGCGAUGUGGACGCAGAGGACGUAUGGUGAGUAAACGUCUGGGUUGGUGCACAGUUGGCCAACUCAUUUAGGAGUAAUAAACAGUAACAGUAGUAUCUACUCACUCAGUGACCUUGUAGUUAGUGUCCACCCUGAGUUUGGAAGGUUUGGCGUUUGACCCCCAGUAGAGUCAUACCAACUGUCACAGGCGGGAUCUGAAUCCUGGUCUCCCACGGGAGAAACCAAAGUCAUUACCAUUAAACCAAGAGGAUUAUGAAGUCGUAGCAAGUGCUACCUCAUCAUGAGACAUGAGCAACCAUGUACCUGACUCCGCUACACAAAGACUUUAAUAAUGGGACCCAAUGCAUCUCUGCUUGGCACUCAGCAAUAAGUAAAUGUAUUGGGGUUGAACGAACAAAUGAAUGCAUAUAUUUUUGUGUCUUGUCACAUUUAUGCAACCCUUAAUUCCCUCAUGGGACACCGUUUUGAUUAGCAACACUUUUCAGUGCCACCUCAGUGCACUUCUUUUAACCAUAGUUCAACCCCAUUGACUUCUUCAGCCCCAGGAGAUUGCUUUCAAUGAGAAUGACAGAUCUAGAAAACACAUUUCUUUGUGAAAUUGGUCGGGUCGCCCAAAAAGUUACAUAUUGCAGCUUUAAGGCUGAUGAAUGUAAAAUUGUAGUAUAGGUAUACAGUGUAAGAAUAUCUGAGUAGUAGGCCUAUUUUUGACUCACAUUAAGCAUCUCCAAUUCAAAGUUAAAUCUAGAAUUGGCUUCCUAUUUCGCAACAAAGCAUCCUUCACUCAUGCUGCCAAACAUGCCCUCGUAAAACUGACUAUCCUACGGAUCCUUGACUUCGGCGAUGUCAUUUACAAAAUAGCCUCCAACACUCUACUCAGCAAAUUGGAUGUAGUAUAUCACAGUGCCAUCCGUUUUGUCACCAAAGCCCCAUAUACUACCCACCAUUGUGACCUGUACGCCCUCGUUGGCUGGCCCUCACUACAUAUUUGUCACCAAACCCACAGGCUCCAGGUCAUCUAUAAAUCACUGCUAGGCAAAUCCAUGCCUUAUCUUAGCUCAUUGGUCACCAUAGCAACACCCACCCAUAGUAUGUGCUCCAGCAGGUAUAUCUCACUGGUCAUCCCCAAAGCCAACACCUCCUUUGGCCACCAUUCCUUCCAGUUCUCUGCUGCUAAUGACUGGAACGAACUGCAAAAAUCUCUGAAGCUGGAGACUCUUAUCUCCCUCACUAACUUUAAGCAUCAGUUGUCAGAGCAGCUUACCGAUCACUGCACCUGUACACAGCCCAUCUGUAAUUAGCCCACCCAACUACCUCAUCCCCAUAUUGUUAUUUAUGUUGCUCAUUUGCACCCCAGUAUCUCUAUUUGCACAUCUUCUUCUGCACAUCUAUCACUCCAGUGUUAAUACUAAAUUGUAAUUAUUUUGCACUAUGGCCUAUUUAUAGCCUUACCUCCAUAACUUACUACAUCUGCACACACUCUAUAUAGAUUUUCUAUUGUGUUAUUGACUGUAUGUUUUGUAUAUUCCAUAUGUAACUCUGUGUUGUUGUUGUUUUUAUUGCACUGCUUUGCUUUAUCUUGUCCAGGUCACAGUUGUAAAUGAGAACUUGUUCUCAACUGGCUUACCUGGUUAAAUAAAGGUUAAAUAAAAAAUUUAAAUAAAUAAAAGGGCUGACCCCAUUUAGUCGACUGGUCGAUUGUUUGGUCGAUAGGCUGUAGGUCGACCGAGAUUUCUAUAGUCGAGCAGUAGCAAAAAAAAUGAAAUAAACGAUUCAUGGUGUAACAAGACUCCUGUCUGAUUGGCUCCUGUCAGAGUGGACUAUGGCACAGUCCAUUACUCUAAAACGUGCUACUGAAAUUUUAUAUGGUUAUAUUACGUGAGAACAAUGGUGCAACGCUAAUAAAACUAAUAUUAUUUUAUAACAGAUGCACGUUCUCCUGCGUUGGAUAGUGGUCGCUGUGCCCGGUUCUGAAACACAUCAGUGCGCUGUUGAAUUGGCGCCUUUUCCUAGACCAUGUUGCUUUGUGCAUAAUAGCAAAGGUAACCAGCAUAAUGGUAUUGAAACAAUGCUGUGGAGGCAGCAGCGGAGUUAGGAAAUGAGAAAACAGCCUUUGCCUUAAUUGUCUAAGAAAAAUGAGGAGAGACGAAACCCCAACUUAAUUAGGUCUAGAAUCUAUUGCCUAACUGUUAAAUGUGCCUGGCUUAAUAAAUCAUCCAUAUAUACACUUGAAGUCGGAAGUUUACAUACACUUACGUUGGAGUCAUUAAAAUUUGUUUUUCAACCACUCCACAAAUUUCUUGCUAACAAACUAUAGUUUUGGCAAGUCGGUUGGGACAUCUACUUUGUGCAUGACACAAGUAAUUUUUCCAACAAUUGUUUACAGACAGAUUAUUUCACUUAUAAUUCACUGUAUCACAAUUCCAGUGGGUCAGAAGUUUACAAACACUAAGUUCACUGUGCCUUUAAACAGCAUGGAAAAUUCCAGAAAAUUAUGUCAUGGCUUUAGAAGCUUCUGAUAGGCUAAUUGACAUAAUUUGAGUCAAUUGGAAGUGUACCUGUGGAUGUAUUUCAAGGCCUACCUUCAAACUUAGUGCCUCUUUGCUUGACAUCAUGGGAAAAUCUAAAGAAAUCAGCCAAGACCUCAGAUAAAAAAUUGUAGACCUCCAAAAGUCUGGUUCAUCCUUGGUAGCAAUUUCCAAACGCCCGAAGGGACCAUUUUCAUCUGUACAAACAAUAGUACGCAAGUAUAAACACCAUGGGACCACGCAGCCGUCAUACCGCUCAGGAAGGAGACGCGUUCUGUCUCCUAGAGAUGAACGUACUUUGGUGCGAAAAGUGCAAAUCAAACCCAGAACAACAGCAAAGGACCUUGUGAAGAUGCUGGAGGAAACAGGUACAAAAGUAUCUAUAUCCACAAUAAAACGAGUCCUAUAUCGACAUAACCUGAAAGGCUGCUCAGCAAGGAAGAAGCCACUGCUCCAAAACCACCAUAAAAAAGCCAGACUACGGUUUGCAACUGCACAUGGGGACAAAGAUCGUACUUUUUUGAAUGGCCAUCACAAAGCCCUGACCUCAAUCCUAUAGAAAAUGUGUGGGCAGAACUGAAAAAGUGUGUGCGAGCAAGGAGGCCUACAAACCUGACUCAGUUACACCAGCUCUGUGAGGAGGAAUGGGCCAAAAUUCACCCAACUUAUUGUGAGAAUCUUGUGGAAGGCUACCUGAAACGUUUGACCCAAGUUAAACAAUUUAAAGGCAAUGCUACCAAAUACUAAUUGAGUGUAUGUAAACUUCUGACCAACUGGGAAUGUGAUUAAAGAAAUAAAAGCUGAAAUAAAUCAUUCUCUCUACUAUUAUUCUGACAUUUCACAUUCUUAAAAUAAAGUGGUGAUCCUAACUGACCUAAGACAGGGAAUUUUUACUAGGAUUAAAUGUCAGGAAUUGUGAAAAACUGAGUUUAAAUGUAUUUGGCUAAGGUGUAUGUAAACUUCCGACUUCAACAAGACAGAUCCUUCUUCUGUUGCCUGUUUGAGUGUUUUUAAUAGCCUACUGAUUCUGUGAGCACCAAGCCUUCGUGAGCACCAACCACAACAUAUCGGAUUAACAAUUUCACAAAUUCAGCUGUUUAAAAUUUUUGGUAUGCUAUAAUAAAGGCUUUACACUUUUUGUUUUGUUAGAACAUCCUCUCUGGUAUUGUUAAUAAUUGAUUUAGUAUUUGUUAACACUCUUCCAAGUUGUCAGAAAAAGUAUAAUAAUAAUAAUAACCUCCUUUUUCCUUGAUCUCCUUCUUAUUGUUAUUAUUACAAUUAUUAUUAUGAUCAUCAUUAUUAUAAUAAUAAUAAGUAAUGUCAUUAUCAUUAGUAGGCUUAGUAUAGCAGCCUUGUAUAACCACCAUCAAUCUGUAGGCCUAGGAGCGCAUCCUGUUUAGUCUUAAUAGCGUAACGUACUUAGGCCUAUAUUUCAAUACUUACACAGCACUGUAUCAAUCAAUCAUUCAUUUGUUCAUGUCAUCACACAGCAUACGAGUUAUUCAUGAUUUGAUAUGCAAUCAAGCAUUUUCGUUUUUAAAAUAAAAUAACAAAGCGACCCUUGAAUAAUUAGUGUAAACAAUAAAUAAACUGUUCCAAUUUGGAAAUUGCAUUCACAAAUGAAUGCGAAGAGUUUUGGUCCCUGCAGUAAUAAAGGCUUUACAAAAAUAACCCAAAAAACUCUCUGGUAUGCUUAUAAUUAUUUAGUGUUGUUUACAUUGUUCCAAACGGUCAGAAAAUUAUACUGUAAUCUAACAGCACCUGUUUGGCACACAUAGUAUGCACACAGCGCUUGCUCCUUACCUUAUUUUUCUUGAUCUCCAGUAUUUUCCACAACUAGUCAAAUUUAUUCCACACAUCUGACUUUCCCUUUACCUCCUGAGCAACCAGUAAACAUUUCCCGUUUCGAGUUUAUUUGUCACGUAAUCUGCAUCCAUUUUGCUGUUACAUGUGUUACGGUGUUCAGAGUUUGAAAUAACAAUUGUAUUGAUGUGAUUAUGAUAUGCUAUAGGUCAGGCCCUAUUGGUCACGUGCAUGUGAUGCAUAAAUGUGUCACAUAAAGAGAGCAAGGGUUGAAGGGAAAGUUUUUCCUAAACAAAUUAGGGAUUUCGGUAACAGAACUUUUUAGUCAGAAAUAGCUGUAAUUAUGUUGCAGCUUCAGCAACACAGACAGUUUGAUAAACACUGUUGAUGUUACAGCGCAUUCGGAAAUAUUCAGACCCCUUGACUUUUUACAGACUUAUUCUAAAAUGGAUUCAAUUAAAAUAAAAUCCUCAUCAAUCUACACACAAAACCCCAUAAUGACAAAGUGAAAACAGGUUUUUAGAAAUGUUUGCAAAUGUAGUAAAAAUAAAAAAAAACAGAAAUACCUUAUUUACAUAAGUAUUCAGACCCUUUGUUAUCAGACUCAAAAUUGAGCUCAGGUUGCAUCCUGUUUCCAUUGAGCAUCCUUGAGAUGUUUCUACAACUUGAUUUUAGUCCUAAAUUCAAAUGAUUGGACAUGAUUUGGAAAGGCACACACCUGUCUAUAUAAGGUUGACAGUGCAUGUCAGAGCAGAAACCAAGCCAUGAGGUCGAAGGAAUUGUCCGUAGAACUCCAAGACAGGAUUGUGUCGAGGCACAGAUCUGGGGAAGGGUUCCAAAAAAUGUCUGCAGCAUUGAAGGUCCCCUAGAAAACAGUGGCCAUCAUUCAUAGAUGGAAGAAGUUUGGAACCACCAAUACUGUUCCUAGAGCUGGCCGCUCGGCCGAACUGAACAAUCGGGGGAGAAGGGCCUUGGUCAGGGAGGUGACCAAGAACCCGAUGGUCACUCCGACAAAGCUCCAGACUUCCUCUGUGGCGAUGGGAGAACCUUUCAGAAAGACAACCAUAUUUGCAGCACUCCACCAAUCAGGACUUUAUGGUGGAGUGGCCAGACGGAAGCCACUCCUCAGUAAAAUGCACACGACAACCCACUUGGAGUUUGCCAAAAGGCACCUAAAGGACUCUCAGAGCAUGAGAAACAAAAUGCUCUAGUCUGAUGAAACCAAGACUGAACUCUUUGGCCUGAAUGCCAAGCGUCACGUCUGGAGGAAACCUGUUACCAUCCCUACGGUGAAGCAUGGUGGUGGCGGCAUCAUGCUGUGGGGAUGUUUUUCAGGGGCAGGGACUGGGAGGCUGGUCAGGAUCGAGGGAAAGAUGAAUGGAGCAAAGUACAUAGAGAUCCUUGAUGAAAACCUGCUCCAGAGCGCUCAGGACCUCAGACUGGGGCGAUGGUUCACUUUUCACCAGGACAACGACCCUAAGCACACAGCCAAGACAACACAGGAGUGGCUUCGGGACAAGUCUAUGAAUGUCCUUGACUGGCCCGGCCAGAGCCUGGACUUGAACCUAAUCAAACAUCUCUGGAGAGACCUGAAAAUAUCUGUGCAGUGGUGCUCCCCAUCCAACCUGACAGAGCUUCAGUGGAUCUGCAGAGAAGAAUGGGGUAAACUCCCCAAAUACAGGUGUGCCAAGCUUUUAGCGUCAUACCCAAGAACACUCGAGGCUGUAAUUGCCUGCAAAGGUGCUUCAACAAAGUACUGAGUAAAGGAUCUGAAUACUUAUGUAAAUAUGAUUUUUCAGGUGUUCUUUUAUACAUUUGCAAAAAAAUCUAAAAACCUGUUUUUGCUUUGUCAUUAUGGUGUAUUGUGUGUAGAUUGAUGAGGGGGGGGGGGGAACAAUUUAUUCAAUUUUAGAAUAAGGCUGUAACAUAAUACAAUAUGGAAAAAUUCUGAAUACUUUCCGAAUGCACUGUGGUGGUCGCUGCAGCAGAGAGGCAAGAGAGACAAUGGGUGCUAGUCACAGUCACUCGCUGUCAUUUUUCAUUAACACAGCGCAGCAAGUCUGAGCCCUGCCCGACACAGUCAAAUAAAUUGCAGUUGGACUCCCUCUAGUCAUUUGUGUGUCUUAAUUAUUUCAUCAAAUAGUGCGCUUAAAGCACCAGACAAGCUCACUACAUAUAGUUGAUUUGAUUAAAACACAUAGGAUGUUAUUGAUUGGUCAACCAAUAUUUUUUUUAGUCAGGGACAGCCCUAAGGCCUGUUUGUUUGUGAAAGUGUGUUUCUGCAAGAAGAGAGUUGUCCCAAAUUGAGUCCAGCUUCAGUGCUCCAAACACGCUUCACUGCCUCUGUUCCCUCCAUUCUUUCUCCCUCUCUCCCUUUCUAUCAUUGUCUCUCUCCCCCUCUCUCUAACCCUCCCUUCCUCUGUCUGUGUCUCUCAGUGCUUUAGAAGGAUUACUCUGAAAUAUGAGGCUGGGGAUUAUAAAAAGCAAUGUUAUAUUCAACAGCAAUAAUGUAUAUAGCUGUGGCUUGGCACGACGUGGAGGUGGCUGGGGAAGGGUGCCGAGUGGUCUAGCCACUGAAUGUGUGCCUGUGUGCGUUUCGUGUGUGUGUGUAUGCAUGCCUCCUUGUGCAUUUGUAUGUGUUUGUGUGUGACUGGAAGUGGCCUUUAGAGAACACGUACACAAGAAGCCUGCAGGCAAUCACUGAGUUUAGAUAGAGGGGAAAUCACAUGGCACUGUACAAAUCAAUAAGACACAUCCUACUAAGAAGUGCUCUUCACACACAGACACACCAAGAAACAUACACACUCUGGUAGACACAAAUACUCUCCCUUUCUCUCUCCCUCUCGAUACAUGUUGGUAGGUGUGUGAUUUUAUUUGAUUUUAUUAGGAUCUCUUUUAGCCCACCAAGGGCUAGUCUUCCAAGAGUCCUUAAGAAAUGUAAAAACAUUUAGAAAAAUAACAAAAGCAAAGUAAAAACACAAAUACACAAAGAUCCACAUUCCUAUUUCCUUUACAUAUUAUGUGUGUGUAUCUGUGUGUGUGCACUGUGCAUGUGUGUGUGUGUGUGUGUGUGUGUGUGUGUGUGUGUGUGUGUGUGUGUGCGUACGUGCACCCGUGAAUGUGCGCCCGUGCAUGCGUGUGCGUGUGUGUGUGUGUGUGUGAGGAUGUGUUGACGCAGUGCAGUAUUGCAGCAUUAGUGCCUAUUGUGGAGAAAGUGAGAGGCUCCAUAAAAAAUGCAUGGCCUACAGACAUUAUCCUUGAUGACCGCCACAGACGGCCACUUGGGAUGGCAAGCCUCUGAAAGUAUUGUCACUUCUGGGUCUUUGUGUGUGUGUGUGUGCGCGGUAAUAAUAGGAGGGGUAUUCUGCAUACGUUAUGUGUUUGUUUGGGAGUGUGUGCGUGUAGGUCAUGCAUUUCAUUACACAGUAUGCAUAUCUAUAUUUCUAUGUAUGAGUGUCUUUGUGUGUUUGUGAUUAUGUGUGUGUUUGCACUAUAUACAUUGGGCAGGGUGUAAUGCAGGGCCAGUGCUCUGGGCCAGGAGAAAAUAGAAAAGGAGCAGAGAAUAGUGACAGAUUUAUAAUUACAGUGUCUAAUGUUCAGAGCUCAGCAAGAACUGUCUGGAGACUGCAAUUUUGGUUUAAUUUCGAACAAGAGCUCACAGUUUCCCUUCAGAAUUCGACGUACAGUGUUAUGGAUGAACGUCUAUUUUUUACGCAUUAAUUCCGCGUGGUUACAGGGUUAAUUCCGAGUAGUUACAUGGUUAAUUCCGAGUGGUUAAAGGGUUAAAAAAGAAACAACUCAAACGUUAAGUUUAGGUAUUCAUUCCGAGUGGUUAAGGUUAGGGCUAUGGUUUGGGAAAUGCUUAAAACAAAAUAAUUAAAAACAAUGCACUAUUAUCAUCAAGUGUUUUCACAGCUUGUUAGAGCAUUGUGAACUGUGGUGGCGCAGUUGUCUAAGCAGCACACGCUGGCUCUGAGCCUCACGAGUUCAAUCCUAAUACUGGACACUUGUUUUUCAUUUUUAGGGUGAGAGCCGAGGAACACAUAUAUCAACAUUCUGGGGACUUUUUAAAACGUACAAAAUUGCUGUCUAUUUCUAGUGAUCAGUCUGGUAAUUUCUGCUGAACAUGCUCACUGUCGUUCAAAUGGAGAUCGCAUGCACACAGUCAGUCAGUCAUGCACAUACAGUACACACACACACACACACUACACACUCACAUGCCUGUUCUGUUUAAUAUUUUGUCCAUGACUUUUACUUUAUGUCUCAGUCAGAAAGUGUUUGUGUGCAUUUGAGCGUGUAGUGUGUGUGUGUGUGUGUGUGUGUGUGUGUACUGUAUGUCUACCACAAAUAAACAAGCUGAAUUGUUUUAUGCAAAUAAAGCAAUAAUUAAUACACACACAAGCAUACACAGACACAUGCACAGACACAUACACACACUCCCUCUCACACACAUACAUGUGAAAAAAAUGUACACAAUAGACUACACAGCGAUUUACUGAAUAAAAAAUUCUGAAGAGCUUUACAACUCCAAUUCUCCACCACUCUAUUCUUUAUUUGGUGUGACCGCUACUGAUGUGUCCCAUAAUUUUUUGCGGCAGGUGCGUGUGUAACAUUGACUGCUCCCACAUCAGCUUCAACCCGGUUUGCGCCUCAGACGGCCGUUCCUAUGACAACCCCUGCCAGGUGAAGGAGGCGUCGUGUCAGAAGCAGGAGAGGAUCGAGGUCAAAUACCUGGGCCACUGCCAAGGUGAGAUAGCAACUGUUACACAAAACUUCGUUCUAUAUGUUCUUUGUCUUCUUCUUCUUCUUCUUCUUCUUCUUCUUCUUCUUCUUCUUCUUCUUCUUCUUCUGUGUCUUCUUCUUCUUCUUCUUCUUCUUCUUCUUCUUCUUCUUCUUUCUUUGUCUUCUUCUUCUUCUUUGUCUUCUUCUUUGUCUUCUUCUUCUUCUUCUUCUUCUUCUUCUUCUUCUUCUUCUUCUUCUUCUUCUUCUUCUUCUUCUUCUUCUUCUUCUUCUUCUUCUUCUUCUUCUUCUUCUUAUUCGGUAUGUUAUUACCGAUACCGAAUAUGUGUGCUGUAUUGGAGGUUUCAAACUCCUUACAACUGUCAAAAACUCCUCUCACAGAUAUUGACGUGGAACCAUAUCUGUCCUUGAAUUGGGGCCUUUGUCAUUUUUUGACGAACAAUUGAUCCAGGUCAAAGCAAUACAACAUAACCACGUCAACAAAACACCAUCAUUAUGUUAUAACAGCAACCCAUUCACCAAUAAUCUAUAUUUUUCCUCCCAGCAAUUCUUUAUUAUUAUUAUUAUUAUUAUUAUUAUUAUUAUUUAUUUAAAAUUUUUUCGGGGGUAGAUCAGCUUUAAUAUUGCAAAUAGAUUGUAGCUUCCAUGAAUGUAAUUGUCUGCAUCACUUCCAGUCCCCCAUAUGUUUUUUUCCCCCGCAAAUAUAUAUAUAUAUAUAAACUGCCGGUCAAAAGUUUUAGAAGACCUACUCAUUCAAGGGAUAAUAUAGAUAGUGAAGACAUCAAAACUAUGAAAUAACACGUAUGGAAUCAUGUCGUAAACAAAAAAAAGUGUUCAACAAAUCAAAAUGUAUUUUAUAUUUGUGAUUCUUCAAAUAGCCACCAUUGAUGACAGCUUUGCACACUCAUGGCAUUCUCUCAACCAACUUCAUGAGGUAGUCACCGGUAAUGCAUUUAACAGGUGUGCCUUGUUAAAGUUAAUUUGUGGAAUUUCUUUCCUUCUUAAUGCGUUUGAGCCAAUCAGUUGUGUUGUGACAAGGUAAGGGGAUUUAUACAGAAGGUAGCCCUAUUUGGUAAAAGACCAAGUCCAUAUUAUGGCAAGAACAGCUCAAAUAAGCAAAGAGAAACAACAGUCCAUCAUUACUUUAAGACAUGAAGGUCAGUGAAUACGGACAAUCUCAAGAACUUUGAAAGUAUUUUGCAGUCGCAAAAACCAUCAAGCGCUAUGAUGAAACUGGCUCUCAUGAGGACCGCCACAGGAAUGGAAGAAUCAGAGUUACCUUUGCUACAGAGGAUAAGUUCAUUAGAGUUACCAGCCUCAGAAAUUGCAGCCCAAAUAAAUGCUUCACAGAGUUCAAGUAACAGACACAUCGCAACAUCAACUGUUCAGAGGAGACUGCGUGAAUCAGGCCUUCAUGGUUGAAUUGCUGCAAAGAAACCACUACUAAAAGACACCAAUAAGAAGAAGAGGCUUUCUUGGGCCAAGAAACACGAGCAAUGGACAUUAGACCGGUGGAAAUUUGUCCUUCGGUCUGGAGUCCAAAUUCCAACCACCAUGUCUUUGUAAGACGCGGUAUGGGUGAUCGGAUAAUCUACGCAUGUGUAUUUCCCACCGUAAAUCAUAGAGGAGGAAGUGUUAUGGUGUGGGGGUGCUUUGCUGGUGACACUGUCUGUGAUUUAUUUAGAAUUCAAGGCACACUUAACUAGUAUGGCUACCACAGUAUUCUGCAGUGAUACGCCAUCCCAUCUGGUUUGGGCUUAGUGGGACUAUCAUUUGUUUUUCAACAGGACAAUGACCCACACACCUCCAGGCGGUGUAAGGGCUAUUUUACCAAGAAAGAGAGUGAUGGAGAACUGCAUCAGAUGACCUCCACAAUCCCCCAACCUCAACCAAAUUGAGAUUGUUUAGGAUGAGUCGGACCGCAGAGUGAAGGAAAAGCAGCCAACAAGUGCUAAGCAUAUGUGGGAACUCCUUCAAGACUGUUGGAAAAGCAUUCCAGGUGAAACUGGUUGAGACAAUGCAAAGAGUGUGCAAAGCUGUCAUCGAGGCAAAGGGUGGCUAUUUGAAGAAUCUCAAAUAUAACAUAUAUUUUCAUUUGUUUAACACAUUUUUCGUUACUACAUGAUUCCAUAUGUGUUAUUUCAUAGUUGCAAAGAAAAAGACAUAACUCAGACUGGCCAAUAAAAAUAAAAGAUUAAGAUGGGCAGUCUGAGAUAUGGCUUUUUCUUUGCAACUCUGCCUAGAAGGUCAGCAUCCCGGAGUCACCUCUUCACUGUUAACGUUGAGACUGGUGUUUAAUGAAGCUGCCAGUUGAGGACCUGUGAGGUGUCUGUUUCUCAAGCUAGACACUCUAAUGUAUUUGUCCUCUUACUCAGUUGUGUACCGUGGCCUCCCACUCCCCUUUCUAUUCUGGUUAGAGCCAGUUUGCGCGGUUUUAGUCUUUUAGCCUUUAAAAAAAAUACACUUGGAUUAGCAAACAGAACGUGCCAUUGGAACACAGGACUGAUGGUUGCUGAUAAUGGGCCUCUGUACGCCUAUGUAGAUAUUCCAUAAAAAAUCAGCUGUUUCCAGCUACAAUAGCCAUUUACAACAUUAACAAUGUUGACAUUGUAUUUCUGAUCAAUUUGAUGUUAUUUUAAUGGACAAAAAAAUUGCUUUUCUUUAGAAAACAAGGACAUUUCUAAGUGACCCCAAACUUUUGAACGGUAGUGAGUAUAUAUAUAUAUAUAUACAUACAGUGGGAAGAACAAGUAUUUGAUACACUGACGAUUUUGCAGGUUUUCCUACUUACAACGCAUGUAGAGGUCUGUAAUUUUUAUCAUAGGUACACUUCAAUUGUGAGAGACGGAAUCUAAAACAAAAAUCCAGAAAAUCACAUUGUAUGAUUUGUAAGUAAUUAAUUUGCAUUUUCUUGCAUGACAUAAGUAUUUGAUACAUCAGAAAAGCAGAACUUAAUAUUUGGUACAGAAACCUUUGUUUGCAAUUACAGAGAUCACACAUUUCCUGUAGGUCUUGACCAGGUUUGCACACACUGCAGCAGGGAUUUUGGCCCAGUCCUCCAUACAGACCUUCUCCAGAUCCUUCAGGUUUCGGGGCUGUGGCUGGGCAAUACGGACUAUCAGCUCCCUCCAAAGAUUUUCUAUUGGGUUCAUGUCUGGAGACUGGCUAGGCCAGGCACUCCUUAGUUGCCCUGGCUGUGUGUUUCAGGUCGUUGUCAUGCUGGAAGACCCAGCCACGACCCAUCUUCAAUGCUCUUACUGAGGGAAGGAGGUUGUUGGCCAAGAUCUCGCGAUACAUGGCCCCAUCCAUCCUCCCCUCAAUACGGUGCAGUCGUCCUGUCCCCUUUGCAGAAAAGCAUCCCCAAAGAAUGAUGUUUCCACCUCCAUGCUUCACGGUUGGGAUGGUGUUCUUGGGGUUGUACUCAUCCUUCUUCUUCCUCCAAACACGGCGAGUGGAGAUUAGACCAAAAAGCUCGAUUUUUGUCUCAUCAGACCACAUGACCUUCUCCCAUUCCUCCUCUGGGUCAUCCAGAUGGUCAUUGGCAAACUUCAGACGGGCCUGGACAUGCGCUGGCUUGAGCAGGGGGACUUUGCGUGCACUGCAGGAUUUUAAUUCAUGACGGCGUAGUGUGUUACUAAUGGUUUUCUUUGAGACUGUGGUCCGAGCUCUCUUCAGGUCAUUGACCAGGUCCUGACGUGUAGUUCUGGGCUGAUCCCUCACCUUCCUCGAUGCCCCACGAGGUGAAAUCUUGCAUGGAUCCCCAUACCGAGGGUGAUUGACCAUCAUCUUGAACUUCUUCUAUUUUCUAAUAAUUGCGCCAACAGUUGUUACCUUCUCACCAAGCUGCUUGCCUAUUGUCCUGUAGCCCAUCCCAGCCUUGUGCAGGUCUACAAUUUUAUCCCUGAUGUCCUUACACAGCUCUCUGGUCUUGGCCAUUGUGGAGAGGUUGGAGUCUGUUUGAUUGAGUGUGUGGACAGGUGUCUUUUAUACAGGUAACGAGUUCAAACAGGUGCAGUUAAUACAGGUAAUGAGUGGAGAAUAUUUUUUACAUUACAUUUUAGUCAUUUAGCAGACGCUCUUAUCCAGAGCGACUUACAGGAGCAAUUAGGGUUAAGUGCCUUGCUCAAGGGCACAUUGACAGAUUUUUCACCUGGUCGGCUCGGGGAUUAGAACCAGCGACCUUUCGGUUACUGGCACAACGCUCUUACCCACUAAGCUACCUGCCGCCCUCGAACAGGAGGGCUUCUUAAAGAAAAACUAACAGGUCUGUGAGAGCCGGAAUUCUUACUGGUUGGUAGGUGUUCAAAUACUUAUGUCAUGCAAUAAAAUGCAAAUUAAUUACUUAAAAAUCAUACAAUGUGAUUUUCUGGAUUUUUGUUUUAGAUUCCAUCUCUCACAGUUGAAGUGUACCUAUGAUAAAUAUUACAGACCUCUACAUGCUUUGUAAGUAGGAAAACCUGCAAAAUUGGCAGUGUAUCAAAUACUUGUUCUCCCCACUGUAUAUACACACAUAUACAUACAUAUACACAUACAUAUAAAUACAUAUAUACAGUGGGGAAUUUAUUUAUUUAGUCAGCCACCAAUUGUGCAAGUUCUCCCACUUAAAAAGAUGAGAGAGGCCUGUAAUUUUCAUCAUAGGUACACGUCAACUAUGACAGACAAAAUGAAAAAAAAAAAUCCUGAAAAUCACAUUGUAGGAUUUUUAAUGAAUUUAUUUGCAAAUUAAGGUGGAAAAUAAGUAUUUGGUCAAUAACAAAAGUUUCUCAAUACUUUGUUAUAUACCCUUUGUUGGCAAUGACACAGGUCAAAUGUUUUCUGUAAGUCUUCACAAGGUUUUCACGCACUGUUGCUGGUAUUUUGGCCCAUUCCUCCAUGCAGAUCUCCUCUAGAGCAGUGAUGUUUUAGGGCUAUCGCUGGGCAACACAGACUUUCAACUCCCUCCAAACAUUUUCUAUGGGGUUGAGAUCUGGAGACUGGCUAGGCCACUCCAGGACCUUGAAAUGCUUCUUACGAAGCCACUCCUUCGUUGCCCAGGCGGUGUGUUUGGGAUCAUUGUCAUGCUGAAAGAUCCAGCGACGUUUCAUCUUCAAUGCCCUUGCUGAUGGAAGGAGGUUUUCACUCAAAAUCUCACGAUACAUGGCCCCAUUCAUUCUUUCCUUUACACGGAUCAGUCGUCCUGGUCCCUUUGCAGAAAAACAGCCCCAAAGCAUUAUGUUUCCACCCCCAUGCUUCACAGUAGGUAUGGUGUUCUUUGGAUGCAACUCAGAAUUCUUUGUCCUCCAAACACGACGAGUUGAGUUUUUACCAAAAAGUUAUAUUUUGGUUUCAUCUGACCAUAUGACAUUCUCCCAAUCCUCUUCUGGAUCAUCCAAAUGCACUCUAGCAAACUUCAGACGGGCCUGGACAUGUACUGGCUUAAGCAGGGGGGUACGUCUGGCACUGCAGAAUUUGAGUCCCUGGCGGCGUAUUGUGUUACUGAUGGUAGGCUUUGUUACUUUGGUCCCAGCUCUCUGCAGGUCAUUCACUAGGUCCCCCCGUGUGGUUCUGGGAUUUUUGCUCACCAUUCUUGUGAUCAUUUUGACCCCACGGGGUGAGAUCUUGCGUGGAGCCCCAGAUCGAGGGAGAUUAUCAGUGGUCUUGUAUGUCUUCCAUUUCCUAAUAAUUGCUCCCACAGUUGUUUUCUUCAAAUCAAGCUGCUUACCUAUUGCAGAUUUAGUCUUCCCAGCCUGGUGCAGGUCUACAAUUUUGUUUCUCGUGUCCUUUGACAGAGGUGUCCUUUGACAGUGUGACUGUUUGAGGUUGUGGACAGGUGUCUUUUAUACUGAUAAGAAGUUCAAACAGGUGCCAUUAAUACAGGUAACAAGUGGAGGACAGAGGAGCCUCUUAAAGAAGAAGUUACAGGUCUGUGAGAGCCAGAAAUCUUGCUUGUUUGUAGGUGACCAAAUAUUUAUUUUCCACCAUAAUUUGCAAAUAAAUUCAUAAAAAAUCCUACAAUGUGAUUUUCUGGAGAAAAAAAAUCUCAAUUUGUCUGUCAUAGUUGACGUGUACCUAUGAUGAAUAUGACAGGUCUCUCUCAUCUUUUUUAGUUUGAGAACUUGCACAAUUGGUGGCUGACUAAAUACUUUUUUUUCCCCACUGUAGUACAUUUAUCAUAAUUCUGUUGUAAUCCAGAGAGGUUAGAAAAUGUAUCUAUAUCCUCUAUGAGGCUGUGGAGGGAUUCAAGUUGUGGAUUGAAAAGAAAACAUGAAUCAUCAGUUUACAAUCGCACCUUUGUUUUUAAGCCCUGGAUAUCUAAUCCCUUGAUAUUAUUGUUGGAUCUGAUUUUAAUAGCUAACAUUUCGAUGGCCAUAAUAAAUAGAUAUUAUGUGGACCAGCAGUUCUUACAAUGAACCAAGGGUACUGUGGUUGGGUACUCUGACAGCAAAAUAUAUAUAUAUAUUUUCAAAUGGAUCAAUAAAGAUAGUAUUAUAUUGAAUUGAUGGUUUUUUGACAGUUAUCCAACAAUUCAACCUUUUUUCAACUGAACAUUAGAUGGCUUGGAUCAUUUGAAUAAGAUAAAUCAUGAUCCUAUAACAAUCUAUAAAACAAAAUAAAAAUAAUUACUUUAAAAAUUCUAACAUAUAAAGAUGACAUAAUAUAUAGAGCAUAUAUGUAGAGUAUAUAGUUAUUAUUAUAAUCAUUUUAAUUAUAAAUAUUGUAAUCCACUCAUGACACACGCAGAGAUGAGAGAAUUGAUCAGAGAAAUUAGAGAACUCCCAAGUGAAGUACUUUACUACCCUAGCUACAUUUUUGUGUUUUAGCCUGUCAUUUUGUCCCUAGCAUGUGCUGAUCUAGGAUCUGUUUUGCCUGUUACAUCACAAUGAAUAAAAAUGAACAGGGGUGGCAUGUAGCCUGGCGGUUAUAGAGGAGAGGCGAGCCAGCAACCGUAGCGUUGCCAGUUUGAGUCCUGGGUCUGACGGGAAAAAUUUGCCAGGAAGUGAGCUGGCAACUGGACAGUUGCUGGUAUAACAUCCUAGAUUCCAUUACUUGCUGAUGUGUCCUUGAGCAAGGCACUUAACCCCCCACAACAACAGCUUGCCGGGAAGCCCCUCAUGUCAAAACUUGUCGUAGGGGUUGGGUUAAAAGCGGAAGACACAUUUUCGGUAGGACCUUGUAUGCAAGUGCUCUUAAUCAGCACUCUUACUCUGAGACACUAAUGUGACUGCCUUCUCAGGUGACAUCAUGACAGGGACCAAAGCUGGAGACGGACAUUAUGCCAGGAAAGACUACUCAGGUAGGUGCGCAUGUGUGUGUGUAUCAGAUCUGUGAAUGAUGGCAGACGGGAGCGGACAACUUAGGGUGUAUUCCAAAUGGCACUUUUGAAAAAAAGUAAUGCACGCAGUCAGUGGUGGAUAAAUGCUCAUAAAUGUAAUUUACACCGUUUUUUAAUCUGAUGAACAGCAAUUACGCUAUUACACUAAAUUAGUGAGACUCACCUUUACCCUUUCAAUCCUAUAUUUUUUUUAUCCCUAGCAUUCACUGCUUCUGUGCUCUGUGCUCUGUGCUUUGUGUGUGUGUGUGUGUGUGUGUGUGUGUGUGUGUGUGUGUGUGUGUGUGUGUGUGUGUGUGUGUGUGUGUGUUGUGUGUGUGUGUUGUGUGUGUGUAGAAGAGAAGCCGGACCAGAGAGGGGAGGUGGCCAUAGGCUUGUACAUUCCCUGUCCCGAGCACUACAAGAACUACUGUGUCCACGGAGAGUGUGAAUACCCCAACAUACUGUCUGUGCCGUCCUGCAGGUACACACACACACACAAAGAGCCAUACUGACACACAUAUACACACAAGACACAUACCAGUACAUACUGACACACAUACAACCUCAAUCCCCCCCCCCCCCGCCCCCCUCCCCGCCCGCCCACACACACACGCACCCUUGAUCACCUGUGCCACUUCCAGCCCUUAGGCUGAGUAAUAAGCCUGUGUCCAGACCAAGCCCAUUAACCUGUGGGGUCAGUGGGAUUGUGCUGCAGUCACAGUCACAGGGCUUUAGCCUCUUCUCAUCUCUCCCCUCACAGCAACACGGCUGUAACCCCGUAGCUCUUCAAGCCUACAGGCCCUGAAUACUGAAUAGUGGUGAUAGUGAACUUGUAUGGGGAAAAUAGGCGAAGGUCUCUGGCACCAUCUGCUGUAUGGAGAGAGAGAGAGAGAGAGAGAGAGAGAGAGAGAGAGAGAGAGAGAGAGAGAGAGAGAGAGAGGAGAGAUAGGAGUAGUAGGAGAGAUAGAGAUAGUAGGAGAGAUAGGGAGAUAGUAGGAGAGAUAGAGAGAUAGUAGGAGAGAUAGAAUGAGAGAACUAGUGAAGGUUGAGGGGAUGCAAGAGUGGACUGACUGUCCCCUCACCCUAAUGUGUCCCACUGAGACUGUGUCCCACUGACUCAUUUGUUCUGGCAUAGCAUCGAACAUAGGUGUGUGUGUGUGCACAGAGCAGGGUGAUGCAGGUGUUGGUAGGUAAUGACCUCCCCAGAGAAAGAGAGAGAAGGACAGACUGAUUUAAAUUGGACCACUUUUAGACCAGGUCCAGAGAGACAGAGGUCCUCUAGAUCACUCCCACACACACUCCCACACGCACACACACACACACACAGCCUUGUUUAUACCUGACACUAACUUGAUCCUUUGUCCUGAUCUUGUCUACAUGCUGAUUGUGCCCACAUGAUCAGAUAUGCGUCUACACGUGGUAUUAAAAUGCGUCUCUCAUCCGUCCACUGUGUUCGCAUUGUGACCAGAUUUCCUGGUACCUCCCUGUAGGCAAAUUAUUUGACGGAUAUUCUUUAAAAAAUCAUAUUUAUUUAUUGUCAUAAGUCAAUGAUUUUAGAGGGCGGAAUAAUUAUGAUUUGCAUGGUUUCACUGUCCAGAUCCAUCAUGUUAGCAGCAGGUAUGAACAGGGGUUUACAGUUACUUCAAACACAUACAGUCUAAAGACACACACACGUAACCUCAGAUACACAUCACCCUGUAAGCUAUGGUGACCUCAAACACGUACACAACACGCACACACAACACACACACACACACACACACACACACACACACACGUACCAUGUACAAAAACUAACAUCAACCUGCGUGUGUGUAUGUCAGCUGUCACUCAGGCUUCAGCGGGCCCCAGUGUGACACUAAGGAAUACAAUGUGCUCUAC